AUGCAAGCACUAUUUGAUGAAACCCUCGUGAUGAGAGUUCCGAUAGUGUUUUUGGCGAGGAGGAGAGCUUGCUGCUGCGAUGAUAACCAACUUUACCCUCUCUCCAACUCCAAUUCUCAAUCCAUCACUUCCUCACCCCAACCCGAAGCCCGAAUCUCUUCCCUCAUCUCCUCCAUUUCCUCUUCUUCCUCCAAGCUUGAUUCACUCCACCAACUCACUCGACUCACCAAGCGCAACUCACUCUUCCGUCACCGUCUCAUCGACUCGAAAAUUAUCACGCUGUUACUCUCCUGUGUCGAGUCCCACGACUACAAUUUUCUCCAUGAGAAUGCUCUCUCUUUACUUCUCAAUCUCAGCCUCGAUGACCACAACAAGGUUGGACUCAUUGCUGAGGGAGUCGUUGCCCGCCUCGUCACCGUCAUCUCCGACACCGCUGCCCGAAAUCUAUCCCUAAACUAUCAUGCCCCCGUAAGGGACGGAAAUGAGAGAGAGAAGAAGGAAGCUGCGACGACCCUCUAUGCUCUCUGCUCUGCUGUUGAGGUUGUUGGAGUUCUUCCAAAGUGGAAGGAAGGAAGGGAGCAGAUGGAAAGGUUCCAUGAAUGUGUUCAGGUUCUGAGUCGGGUUCUGAGGAAUGGAUGA